AUGUAUACCAUAGGGUCUCAACUAUCUGACAUUUAUUCCUCGUCGGUCUACGAGGGAGACAGCUCAGAACGCUUUCCAUACCCUAUCCCGGAUGAUGCAUUCACGCUGGACCCAUCGUCCAGCCAGCAAACCCUUACCUCAAUUACUGAUACCCAAUUGAGUCAACCCCCUCCUAUUCCUAUAGCCCUCGAACGCGUUGGCGCCGACCGACAUAAAUCCUUCAUUUUAUACACCGAAAUGAGCAAAGACGAUUUUCUCCACUGGUGGCUUCAGACAGAGCAAGGCAGCAAGCAGGGUAGUCCGCAGGUUAACGCAGAUGAUAGCGAGAAUGUAAAAAAGCUCCAUUGGGAUGGAACGGGCAACACGUCGGAUAUUUGGACUCGCUUCAAAUAG